UGAACAGUUUAACUGAUGCUCGGCGCCCGGCGCACUUAUCGCAUGUGAGGUUUAGUUUAGACUGGUUCAUAUCUCUGUGCGUAAAAGCCAGAGAGGCCGACUUUCGUUUUUGUUCCGGUCUUCUCACGUGAAAAGCAAGGCGCAGGGCGCUGAAAAUUGAAGAAAAAAGAAAAGUGUUACGUUUGAACGUUAAAGAAUACAAAGUAUACGCAGUUUGCAAAGAUGGAUGAGGAUUGGGAUGAUGAUUCAUCACAACAAACAUAUCAAGCCCAAAGUUCAAAUAGUUACCAACAAGGUGGCUAUGAACAAAGAAAUGGAAACAAUUUUAGAAAGCCAAGAGAUGAUCAUCGCAACAAUGGUCGCUAUAAUAACAGGGACAGGAGUAGAGGUUCUAAUCGAGGUGAUCGAGAUGGAAGGAGGGAACAAGAUUAUAAUAGAAAUUCAAAUGAAGAAGAUGAUGAAAGAACAACUUUUUUUGUUGAAACUUCCAAAUUAGGAAAAGUGAUAGGAAAAGGAGGUAGUAAAAUUCGUGAAUUAGAAGCACAAACUGGCGCAAAAAUAAAGAUAAAUAAAGAUUGUGUCAAUGGAGAUGCCACAGCAGUUAUAGUAAGUGGUACUAAAGAUGCACAAGAUCAAGUGAAAACUCUUAUAGAUGAAUUAUUAUCCGAUCAACGACCAGAUCGACCUUUUACAAUCAAUACUAUGAAUUUACAAGAAGGUAACAAUGUUAGAAAUGAUGAUAGAAGAAGUGCUCCUAUUGACUGGGAUGCAGCUGCAAAAGAACAUGAUCAAUACCAAGCACAAAAAUGGGAAAAGUAUGGUAGUAUUAAAAAGAACUUCUACAUAGAAGAUCCCGAAGUAGCUAGGUUAUCAAAAACUGAAGUAGAAAAAAUCAGAAAAGAUAAUAAUGACAUCAGUGUAGAUCAUACUUUUGACAUAGACCCGUCACAAGCAGACUCUGAGGAAUAUAAAAUUCCUAAUCCAGUUCAAACGUUUGAACAAGCUUUUAGGAAUUAUCCAGAUAUAUUAGUAGAAAUUAGAAAGCAGAAUUUUGAAAAACCCAGCCCAAUUCAGUGUCAAGCAUGGCCAAUUCUUCUUAGUGGAAAAGAUAUGAUUGGAAUAGCACAGACUGGCACUGGCAAAACACUAGCAUUUUUACUACCAGCUUUAAUUCAUAUUGAUAAUCAAGAUACUCCACGUUCAGAAAGGAGUGGUCCUACUGUAUUAGUAAUGGCACCAACGCGUGAAUUAGCUUUACAAAUUGAAAAAGAAGUUAAUAAGUAUUAUUACCAUGGAAUUAAGGCCGUUUGCGUGUAUGGAGGAGGAGAUCGGAAAAAACAAAUGAAUAUAGUUUCCAAAGGAGUGGAAAUAGUAAUUGCUACGCCAGGAAGACUGAAUGAUUUAAUACAGACUGAAGUACUGGAUGUAAAGUGCGUUUCGUAUCUAGUCUUAGAUGAGGCUGAUAGAAUGUUAGACAUGGGAUUUGAACCACAAAUAAGAAAAUCAUUGCUUGAUAUUAGACCUGACAGACAAACUGUAAUGACGAGCGCCACUUGGCCGCCAGGCGUAAGAAGAUUGGCUGAGUCUUACAUGAAAAGUCCAAUCACGGUUUGUGUUGGAUCUCUCGAUUUGAAAGCUGUUCAUUCCGUUACUCAAAAAAUUUGGAUCGUUGAUGAAGAAGAAAAGACCGAUGUGCUUAAAGAUUUUUUUCACAAUAUGGCACCAAGUGAUAAAGUCAUUGUAUUCUUUGGUAAAAAGUGUAAAGUUGAUGAUAUUGGAAGUGACCUAGCACUGAGUGGAGUUGCAUGUCAAAGUAUUCACGGUGGACGUGAGCAGGCUGAUAGAGAACAAGCUUUAGAAGACAUUAAGACGGGAGAUGUAAACAUACUUCUUGCAACUGAUGUAGCUAGCCGUGGAAUAGACAUCGAAGAUAUAACACAUGUAUUUAACUAUGAUUUUCCGCGGGACAUUGAAGAAUAUGUUCAUCGAGUAGGCCGAACUGGUCGAGCAGGCAAAACAGGCGAAAGCAUAAGCCUGGUAACACGUCGCGACUGGGGGCUAACCAAGGAAUUGAUAAAAAUUUUAGAAGAAGCUGAACAGGAAAUACCAACUGAACUUUAUAGUAUGUCUGAACGUUAUGAAGCGAUGAAGAAAAAAAGAGAUGAAGAAAGAGGUGAUGGCGAUCGCCGAGAAAGUGGUGGUAGAAGAUAUGGCGGCGGCGGCGGGGGUGGAUUUAGAAGUGGAGGCGGUGGUGGUGGUCGUGGAUAUGGAGGCGGUGGGUUUGGAGGUGGAGGCAGACGUGGUGGUAGUCGUUGGUAACUACCAGAGUUUAAAGUGUUUACAACUAAUUUGUAUACUUAUUUUUGUUAAGUAUUUUUUCUGUUCCGUAAGUCACGUUAUGUGCACAUUUAUGAAUACUUCCAAAGUUUUAGUUUAUCAUAGUUUAAUGGUAUUACUAUAAAAGAAAUCAUAUUCAAAGGUCUUAAUGAUAAAAAUAUGUAAAACUUAUAAGAGAUCGAUUUAAAUUAUAUUCGAUAAUUUCAACAGAAAUUACGAAAAAAAAGUUUAACUGAUUAUUCAGUUUGAAUAAAUAAUAUGUAUUACGACUUUUAUUACGAUUGCUGACAAUAACAUUAGAUUGUUGGCAAAACUGUGAUAAAUGGAGAGUGACAAAUGAAUAUUUUAUACGAGUAGAAUAAGCGUUAAAAGUUAUGCGCCUAUGUACAAAAUAAAAUACAUAUUAUAAGAUGACAAAAAAGAAA